AUGAUACGAGUUCGGACGUCUCGCCGCGUGGCGGGCCUGAAGCCGGGAGACUACGAUCAUGAAAUCGUCAUUGUCGACCGUGAUGGCGGUCUCGACCGCCCCGAUGAGGAACGCGAUCAGGGCGCGUCAGCAGGAGCUGGCAUGGAGCGUGUGUCAACCGAGCAGCGUCUGCUAGCUGCGAUAGGCGAAGAAGGGAGCGCAGCUCCUUCGACACAACCGUCCCCACGACCGGAGGACCAAGAGUCGAGGCUCGAGCAGCGACCAUCUCGAGGGCAAGACGACCAGCAAGACCUGCCUCACCUAGCUUUGCGGCCUUCGAUUGAGGUCCAAGAGCCAACUCCCCAUGCACAAUACGAUGCGCCCAACAUAGUGCCCAAGAAACCGCACGUGGAACGCGAGACUGUGAUAGAUAUACUAUACGAGAAUCAAAGAGGCGGCUUUUUGUGUGGCCGACCUCUCUUCUCAGCUGCCGCGUUGGGUGGUUUAGAUCCGACGCCAUGGACCAACGCCUACCACAAACCUUCACCUACGAAUAUACACACAGCUCAAGUCCCGGACCCGAUGUGGGAAUGGCUGUGGCCAGAAUGGCACGUGAACCACCAGGAGGGGAUGGACGACGAAGGAUGGGAGUACUCCUUCGCAUUUCCCAAGACCUUCUCAUGGCAUGGUCCUCGAUGGUACAACUCGUUCGUCCGGAGGCGCGCCUGGACGAGGAAGAGGGGCAAGAAGAAGAAGGAAGACAUAUCCGUGGAUCCACACAUGUUGAACGGCGACUACUUUACCGUACGACCAGCCUCGGAGCGCCUCAGCCGGCGAUCUCAGCCCAGCCUAGCAAGCAGUCGAGUGAGCCGAGCUACCAGCCACUCCACGCUUGGUCACGGAUCGAAUGCCGAGAUGCAGCAAAUCCAGCCAGAUAUCGAGGACCUGGAGACCCUCCUACAGAGGCUGCGUUUCGCGCGAAUAGACAGAGAAAAGCUCGAAGCCGUGGAGAACUACCUGGAGAACACGCUAGACCUGGCCAACCUACACCAAGAGAUGCACGAGGUCAUGUCUCUCUUCAUAUUCCAGGCGUCUAGACGCUUGCUUCUCAGUCAUCUGAUGAGCGUGUACGACAACACUAUUGCGCGACUCGAGAAAGAAGACACCCAGCACGACCGCGAGCGUAGAGAUGCGCUCAAGCAGGCAAUGGAGCAUGCAGACGAAGAAGUCAGGAAGCUGGCCUACUGGAGCGACGUGAAGCAGAUGGCCGAGAGUGGUGAAUCCAGGGGAGCAGUCGCCAGCCACAAAGGCUGGCAGGAGGAGUGGCAGGAGCAGCUCGUCGAGAAAGGGCAAGAUCUAGAAGACACUGCCAUAGAACCGGCCGCCAUCGAAUCGCACUCUACCGAGUCGAGGAAGCGAACAAACCGCGACGGGAGCUUCAACCAUGUGUUCACAAAGUCGCGGUUCUGGAACAUCCCAGACGAAGAUGUGGCCGCCGAGAUUGCGCGCUCCCCGUUUGUGCCCACGGCACGGCAAUAUAUAAGACCACUGGCCAUGAAGAUGCAGGCAGCAGCACUGGCCAAGGACGCCAGGGCGCAGAUCGGUCUGCACGCUCUCUGGGCCUCUCAUUUUGAGCAGCCCGAGAAGCACCACAUGGUCGAUGGCUUCACCUGGAGAAACAUCAUGCUCCUUGUCCAGAACAUCUCGCCGGGCAAGCGCCGAGGCCGGAAGAUGGCCGCCAUGCGGAUCGUGCUGCCCUCGGAAUGGGGAGUCGACAUGGACACGCGCAAAAUCUUCCGCGUCAACCUCGCCGCCACGGUCGAGGAGAAACUGACAGUAUAUCGCGACCACGCCCGUCGCCAGAAGCGAACGAGCAAGGCCGACACAUCGUCGUUCGUGGUCAGGGGGGAGAGGUUAUCACUAUCUGCCCUGGCGCGUCGUCUCCUGCAGAAGAGCAAGCAGAUCCAGAUCUAUGAACUGGGCGACAUUGAAACCACAGACUAUGCGGUGAAGCAGCUGUGGCCGCAGAUUGAGGAUAUGGACGAGGCGGCCGGCUCCUCGGCGACAGAGAAAAAGGACAAGGACAAGGACGCAGAAGACAGUGAUUUCUGGGUCCACCGUGAAGCACACAAGCCGUACAACCUCACGACGCGACUGGAGGAUAUCCCCGUGCCCUUGGAAUGGACGCAGAAUAGCUUCGACGAAUAUGUCGAGGCCGUCGUCUGCGGUCAGCUGGCACCCGAGAUGGCCCAGCAACUCUACGGCGCCGAUAGCGAAGGCCUCUGCCGCCACGAACGAGUCGAUUUCUCCUCCAUCCGCUCUCGGCUCCUCAUGAGAGCGUUCCUGGACCCAAGGGCAAAGCCAUUCAUUACGACGCCGACUUUCAAGAUGGCGCUCAACCUCAUCAGCAAGGCUGGGGGCAACCGUGCUCUGGCCAAGGAGCUCUUUGACAAGGUGGAGGCCAUCGGCCUGCCGAUGGACACGGAAGUCUACAACAUCAUGCUGGAGAGCUACGUCCUCAGUCGUGACGUCCGCUUCUUCUACAGCUUCCUGCGCAAGAUGCAGCAGCGCUACGUUCGGGCCAACGCCCGUACAUGGGUCCUCCUGCUGAGGCUCGUGAAGAAGGACGACGCUCGCAGAGAGAUUGUCACUGUCAUGCACAAGCUCGGUCUCUUCCAGGACGUCAACCUGCGUCGUGAGACGGCGGCCAUCAUGGGGCCCAUGCACCUCCACGAAGCAUUCCAGAGGGAGAACUAUCCUGCCGAUUUCAUGAGGGAGAUGACUGAAAAGUACGGCAAGCGUUGGAACAGCACAGACGCCGUCCACGCGCUACUUGAAGAGCAUUUCAGGCUCACCGCCCACUCGAAGCUUCUACAACUCCAAUAUACCAGUUUCAUCGGCAACGUCGCAUUGGGCAGAGAGGGGUUUGAGACGAUGAUUGAAAACGCCUUACUUGUGAGGAGUUGGCCGCUCACAAUCGACGCGCUGACCCGCAUGGCCGAGGUUGGACAUGAGCCCUCCUCAAAGAUGUACCACAAGCUUCUGCAACUCUGCGAAAUGACAGCAUGCCCCUCCGCGGCGGGCAUGGUGUUCUACCACAUGGUUCUCACAGGCCACACUCGAUCAAGAGCGCUAGCCGCCAUAAUGCAUAUGCUGCAGGGAGGUUCGCCGAGCACGCCCUACUGGAAGUAUGCCGACAUCCCUCUCAUGGACAAGUCUGCGAGCCAACAGCUCAAGCGAAACCCCGCCAGGAAUGUCAAGGAAGCCUUAACCAGACUCAUCGGGAUCCUGACCAAACGCUGCGAUGGCUUCGACCCCAGUGCCCAGCUCGUCACGGACGUCAGGUGCGGGCUGUCCCGGGAUCGUGACUUGCGGCGGCAACAGGAGCAGCAGCAGUCGACCGUGGCACCCCCAUUGAAGAUUAGGGUCAAAAAUUUGGCUACCGGUAAAUUCGACUACUUGGCUCUCACUCAUGGGUUUGAAGAUGCCCACCUCGCGCAGGGGCAGAUUAAACCCAAACUGUCAGCGCCGGCGGACGGGAGUCACAUCCCUACAUUGACCACAGGCUUGAUUGGAAGACCUGGAAACUCCAACAAGCAAGGCGGGCAGCACGAUACCGGGAUCAGCAAACAGCCAGAGACCAUCGCCCCAGCACCUGAUGCCGAGAACAAGGAGUGA